UUGAUUGAAUUCAAUUUCUCCAUAAAUUUUGUUGAAGCUGAUCGUUUUGUUUUGUUGAAACGCUUUAUGUGUUGAUUUUCUGUAUCGGAUUAAUUAGCCUAGUGUGUGUAAAAAUUAACAAACGUUUGCAAACAAAACCGAUUUCUUAUUUUUGCUAACUUUUAUAAAGUUGAGUGAAGACAUAGCUAUGGAUAAAUCGAAAUUAUAAAGUUUGACAGCCUGUCACAAUUGUUUAUUUCCACGUUGUAAUGGGAAUGCUUAGCAUUCCAGCCGGUUAAACUGAAUAUUUUUUGUUUGUUACCGUUAUGUUGUUUGUGAUUCGAUGGGAAACUUUUGCUUUGUGAUUCAACUUGAUACUUCUAAGACAUGAGCGGACCUUAUAAAUGAAGUUAAAAGGUGCAGCUGAGUCGUGUCAUGGCUCGUAAUGAAAGGCUGGGAAAUUGCUGGUCCCAGCCCCCUCGGCCAUCAACAGUUAAGAAUAGAACUAAUUGCAGCAGGGGGCUGGGAUCUACAGAUCUGGAUGAAGUGGGAGACAUCGUUAAUGCCUUUUCAUCUCGUGAAAGAGGAGUACACAAAUAUGAUAAUUGGAAAAAGAAUCGCAGCAAUCUGAGUUGUGGAAAUUUCCCCCCUUCUGAUUGUUGUUUGAAAAAUGGUCUAGUUAGAUGUCAAUGCUUAUGGCCUCAAAAUAAUUUUCCUGAUCGUCAUCAAAGGAACAUUGGCAUAUCUAAGCCAUUUAACUGUGGAACUUUACCCUAUGAUAAAAAGAAAUCAUCUGCUCCAGAAAGUGUUCCAAAAAAUUGUCCACAAAGUAGCAAACUUCCGGAAGAAUUUAUAUUAGAUGACAAUGAACUGUGUCUUUUAAAUUAUUAUGAUAUUCCCAUUAAUCUUUCUAAAAGACGUCCGGUACGUAGCACUGGCAAAGUAAAAACUGUUUCAAUAAUCGACACACUUAGUGAACUAGCUUCUGGAGCUACUGAUAGAGAAGAUGAAGGAGGAUUUUCAUCUGCUGUUAGUGAAUCAGCUGUUUUAGAUCAUUAUCUUCACAAACCUAAAGCUAGACACGCUCGUCCAGUUGCAGCCAAACAAAACUAUGGUGUUAGAUCUUCAUAUGCUCCUAUUGUAAAGCCCUCUGCAUUUUCAUCAGCGAAGAAUGUUAGCACUGUUAGGAAGCCUCUAGUAAAUCAAGCUAGAUAUCAAAGUGACUCCUUUAAUAGUUUACUCACUCAAAACCUUGAUGAUAAUAAUUUCUCUUGUAAUUCUUUAAAAAGAACUUUAAAGUAUUUAAGGAAGGCUGUUGUAAAUAAUGUUCCUCAUGAAGAGAAUCAAAUCCGAAGGAAUGUUCCUGAAAAAUUUGAGGCUGAAGAUGCUUUCCGCCUUUGUUUUUCAGAUAGUGAAGUUAAAGAUACUCCACAGCAAUGGACUCAUGUGCGGCACAAAAGUACUGAUAUUGAUCCUCUUUCAAAAUCAAAAAGUUUAUUAACUGUUGCUGAUCCCUUUUUUAAACGUCAUGCCAAACCAAUGUCAUUAUACAAUAGCAAAACAAAAUCAUCUACCCCAGAAUGGAUUCAAGAAGUUUUUUCUGCUGCAAGAAAAAGUGACAUUGAUAAAAUGAAAAAUAAUUUGAAAGGCAUUGAUCCUGCAUUGGUUCGAAAUUUAUCAGAUGACCAUGGAAAUAAUUUAUGGCAUAUUUGUGCUGUACACAAUAAUUUUGAAUGUUUAAACUGGCUAUGUACUCAUAAUCAACAUCAUGCUGAAGCUCUGAAAGAUGAAAACAAAAACGGAUUUUCUCCAGUUGCUCUAGCAGUUAAACAUGGUAGUCUAUUGGCUGUUCAAUGGCUGAUCCACAACACUGCAAGCAAGUCUCAGUUGUUGCCACAAGCAAAUUCCAGAUCACUUUUGCAUAUUGCUGCUAGAUAUGGUCAGUAUGCUAUUGUUGAGUGGCUUCUCAAUUAUAUGACUUCACAAGAUCUUGAUGCUAGCAUUGUUGACUCGGAAGGAAAUACAGCUUUACAUUUAGCUUCAAAAUAUGGACACAUAAAUUGUGCUAAGUCAUUGAUACUGCAAGUUGGUGGCCUGAAGACUAAAAAUGAAUGUGGAUUGAAACCUUUAGAUUUAGCAGUGAAACACUGUAGAAUUGAGUGUGCCGAUUUUCUGACUGCAAUGGAGUCUUCUUUUAACUUAGCCUCCUUAAAUAUACGUCAAAAUAUUGACAUUCAGCACCUUCAAAAAGAAAAUGCUGAAAUAAAGAACUACUUCAAAGAGCUCCUUACUUUUACAAAGCAUUUGCAACAUAGGCAAAAGGAACUGGUACAGUUAUUUAAGAAUGUUGGCAAUUCUCAGAUUGAUCCUGGGAGUAAUGAGAGGUUGAAUAAUGCUGGGGUAAAAUACCUAGAAGAUUACUCUCAGUUAUUAAUAUCAGUUAUGGCAAAUGAAGAAAAUAGAUUACUGAUGGUUGAGAAGAGUUGGAAGAAAACAAGGAAGCAGAUAAAAUUAUCUGAUGGUAGAAAGAAACCUUUAGAUAUAUUAAGAUCACAAUUUAGUCAUGUGUUGGAUAAAUCAAACUGUCACAGUCCUCCAAUUCCAUCCACACCAGAAACUUCUGAAGAUAGCUCAAACAGUGAUAAUGAUGAAGAUGCACAGAAUCCAUUAUCUGAUUUUUCUGCUCCCGAUGUUGUGAAUUCACUUUUUUCCCAACAAGAACCUGUACCUUUUUUAGAUUCUAGACAGAACUGUCUAAGGAGUUCUGAUCUAAAAAAUUCCUCUGCCAAAGGCAAAGAAUCAGCUGAUGAUUUUAAAUCCCAGUCUCAGGUUAAUGCAAUGAAAAUCAGCAGUUUAUCCGGUGCUUCUAAAUCCGUAAUGAGUAACAGGGAUGUUAAUUUACGCAUGUUUUUCAAGCAAAAUCCCAAUUUAAGGCAAAGUGGAGAAACAUGUUCUGUUUUAGAAGUACUUGAACCUUCAAGCAGUGACAGUGAAGAAUGCAUUAGUCCUAAUUUACCAGCAACUUAUGCUUCAGAUAAGGAAAUAGAACAGAGUUCAUCAAGCUCAGCAGUUGACACACUUAGUCCAGCAGGUCCUUCUUCCUCUGAUUCAAAAGCUGGGAGUCGAAGUAGUAGUAAUGGAAGUAGGAAGAAUUCCUUUUUUCACCUUUCUGAAAAUGUACAAAGUGAUUCAAAAUGUAAUUCAUCUGAAAAAAGUAAGCCAGAUAAAGAUUCUAGAAAUGAUUCUAAUUCUGUUAAUAAUAAAACCUCCACACAAAUGUGCAAAAUCAACCUAAUUUCUAAUGAGCCUGAUCUAAUAAAAGGCACCCAAAAAAAGAAAAUGCAAUCACCUUUUCAAACUAUGGAUAGAGACAAGAAGUUUUCCAAAGAUAAUCCGUCAGAUUUUUCUGCUGAAACUCCUAACAUAAGCACAGACAGUGAAAGUCUAGAAGCUGAUAGAAGCUUUUCUAGUAUGGUAGAAACACCAGAUUUAAAUUCUUCGCCUCCCGAUAUAUCAACCCCAAAUACAGCCAUUAAGAAGAAAAGUUUUCUCUUUAAAUUUGCUUUGAGGGGUAAAUGGCAAUCAAAACCUUCUCCUCGUUCUCCAAAAAACGAAAUUUCAGCAGAAGAAUUUCGGGAAACUUACUCUAGAUCUGUUUCUGUAGAUAAUAUUCCUCCUACUAGUCAGGUUGUAGAAACUUCUGAUUGUUCUCCCAUAAAGAACUCUCCUUCAAAAAAUGACUCUGAUACUUUCCUCACUGAUUUAUUUAGUAAAGAAAUACCCAGUGAGAGACCUAAUGAUUUUUCUAUGUCACCAUUAUCUGAUUUAACUCAAAGUAAUCUAAAUAGAAAGGGUUUGUUGCCACCCCGUAGAGAUCCACCACCUGCUCCACCCAUUGGCAUUAGAGAUGAUGAACAAUCUCAAGACCACUCUGAUGAUGAUGUAAGCAUACACAUACAAAAAUCGUCGGUAUCUUCAUGCAUUGAGGGCUGCAUCACACCAUCUGAAUCUCCACGAAAUUCUUACAUGGCUUCGAGAGCUUCAGAUAUCUGGAAUUCUUCAGAUUCAAAGACUCAUUUCCGACCAGCUUCAUCUGCAUCACGUAUAGACUCUCCUUCCAGAGGAGUAGAAAGCUAUUCUCUUAACAAAUCCUGUUCUGCAUCUACUGAAAUGCUCUCAGUAUUAGAUUCCUCAACAGCUGGUAGGCAGUCGCCAGCACCCAGUGAAGUUUCUAAGACAGAGAGUGCUUUAUCACCUCCUAGUGAUGUGUCUAAGACUGAAAGUGCUCGUUACCUCAGUCAACUGUGCAAAAUUGAAGAGACUGGGCAUUUAGCUGCAAUGAAAGGGGCAAGUCUUCAGCGAAGUGAUGAGCAAAAUAUCAAAGAAAAUGCUGAAAGUGAGAGUGUUGAUUUAAAGCCUAAAAAGAAAUCUUCAAAGAGAAUGAAUUCCUCUAAGCCAUGGUAUGAAUUUUCUGAUGAAGAAGAUGUAAUUGUUCCUCAGCGUUAUCAAGCAGUAUCUGUUAUUAUGCGCAGUAGUUCUGAAGAUGAAGAAGCUGUGACGGGAUAAUGUAUGUUGAAAUUGGGACAAUCGAUGGGAAAAUUGAUGAAUCUUAUAACUGAAAGUGAAGUAGUUGAACAAGCUUUUUCUGAAAACUACAUUGUAAGCUAAAUAAGUUAUAUUGUAUUUUAAUAUUAAUGAAACUAUUAUUUAGUUUUAAAAAUUUUUUUCUAUUAGAAAUUCUUUAGAUGCUUCUCCUCUAAAAAUUUUUUACUCAAUUUUCUUUUGGGCAGAUUUAUUUCAUUAUCAGUUUCUUCUUAUAGUAAUCAAUAAGAAAUAGAAAGUGAUGAAUUCUAUGAUUGAAAGUGAUUUAUAAAAUUGGGAGGAUUGAUAAGAAAAUUUGUUAGGAUUAAUUCAGUUAUAGUGAAGAAUUGUGAUUCGAUCCCCAAAGGUGGCUUGAAACCCACCUAGCUUCAGAUUGAUGGGGAUCAGCUUGUUUAGGAGGUAAGGGUGGUAGCCUGUGCACAAUGCUGAUCACAUUGCUAUGAUCAUGACAAUUGUCAAGGAAUUAUGGAGCCUUAUCUGCCAUGACCCUUAAGCAAACAGUGAGCUGUUGUGGUAAUGCUUUUUUAGAGAUCAACAAGUUUGUAAAAUAUCUCAUGAGUUUGCUUUUUUUUUAUUAUUAAAGAAAUUAAUUUUAAACAGUCAUUAAAUUAUUUGUAUGAAGCAUUGCAAUUUAAUAUUGUUGAAAAACAUGUUAUGAUUUUUUGAAAACUAUAUCAGAACAUCAGCAAGCUGUUUCCUAAAAGUUUUCCUAUGGAAAACUGCCUUUGUUUAAAGAUUUGGUAGAAUGAAUUAUUUUUUAUUUUUCCAUACUUACAGCUGGCCAAAACUGUGGUAUGUUCUUUUAAAGUACAAUUUCAAAUGAUAUGUUUUAUAUAAACCUAAAAAUUUAAGUUUUUAAAAAUGAUUCAUGACUAAAAGAAAAAAACAGGUUCGUAGUUAGUUAUUUUUUAGAAAAAUGAGAAUGAGGUUUAUGAUUUUUGUUCAGUUGAGUGCUUGUCAACUAUUUUACUUAAGUUACUCAGGGAAUAUUCAAUUGCUGUUGAAUUUACUGCAUUAUUGUUAUCCAGCAAAUUUUUUCUACAGUUUGAUGAAAAAAAAAGUUGCAUUUAAGGUUUUAAAUAUUGUUGUAAAAGUACUUUAUUUAUCCCACCUAAUCUGAAGACGGGUAUUUUUUUACUGAUCAAUAACCUUUUGUAAAUUAUUUUAUGUACAACAUUUGUGUUUCUGUAUAAAUAAGUCAUUUAUGUAUUUGAUUUUAUUGAAAAACAAUGUUUUUCUUCAGUGCUUGAAACAAGAAAUUUUAUGUGUUUAAUUUUUUUCCUCUUAAAUAUCGCAGAAUUUCUUCACGAUAGUUAUUUCUUUAAAAAAAAAUCAUGAAAAACUUUCUUUAUCAAUAAUUACCUAUAACAUGUAUUAAUUUAGCUUAGGUUCUAUUUAAAACUUAAUCUAAAAAGUUUACAUUGUUAUGUUAAAGUUUACAUUACAUAUGGACAUGCAUAUUUAUAAAUAUCUGCACUUGGCAUUCUUUUUUAUAGUUACUUUUGCAUUAGAAUCCUGAAAAAUUAAUUACUUAUGACUUGUUACCUUUUAUUUAAAAUAAGGAUUUUUGUACAAUUAAAAAUUUUUAUUUUUGAGAUACAUUAAAUUAAAGAUUCUUUUAACAGUGAUUUUGCUGGAUUUAGGAAAGUACAGGAAAAUGUGACAUGCUUUAGUGUGAUCACUGUUUUAACUUCGUCAAUAAAUAAAUGCUGUUUUAAAUUUUUUCACAUAAAGCUUUGCAGUAAAUAUCUAAAAUAUUUUGCUGCAAAAUUUUUUUCUUCAAAGAAAGAGCAUUUCAUGUAAUUGUAACAUUUAUUUAUUAUGAAGUUCACUAUUUAUAAAUUUUGUUGAUAAAAUAUUUAAACCAAAUUUCAUAUAUUUGUCAUAUACAUCUUAAUUUUUUGGAAUUGAUUCUACAUUUACUUAUAUUGCUAUAUAAGUAAACUUUUACAUGUGCAUGAAUGUCGUCAAAGUUCACAUUAUUUUUUGAAAAAGUUCUUACUUCCAAAUGAUUAAAUAAUUUCUUAAGUUUUUCUGAAGCUAAAAGAUAGAAUAAAAUCAGUGCCAAAAAUGAACAUUUAUAUAGUUUUAGCUUGUUAUAGAAAUCCUAACUUAUUCUCUGUUCACCAAAAUUUGAGAGCAAAGCAACCUAACAUUUGGCUGCUUUAUACCAAGGUACAAACAGUACUAAUUUGACUUGUGGUCAAAAAAAGAAAAAAAGGCUGAAUUUGUAAGGAACCAGAAAAAAUAGAAAUAAGUAAUGUUGUUGUUAAACCUCAUACCUUUAAAGCAUUUAUGUGUACUUUUGCUCUGCUACAAGCUUAGUGUUGACAUAGCUUAGUGUUUUGUUUAUUUUCAUACCCCUAUUCAUUUUUGAUUUACACAUAUAUCAGAUGUUGAAAUUAUUAUGUAUGGGAAAAAAAGGUAACCAAAUCAAUAAUAUUGGAAAAAAUCCAUACACUGCAAAAUCACAACUGUGUGAACAGCAGUUACAUAAUUUUUUUUAUAAUACAUUUCUAUUUAAUAAAAAAAAACUCUAAAAAUUAUAAUGGUUUGUCAGAAGUGCCUUUUAUAAAAUAACAAUAACAAAUAGAAAUAUUAUAUAAAACAUUUUGGAUUAUUCAUCUAACAAAUGUACUUUGUUUUAACAACUUUCUCUGUUUUGAAUACUGUUACAAUAUGUAUUUAUAAUGUAAAAUAUUUUCUUAUACUUCAAAAAUUUAUUUUUUAAAACAUGUAAGCCUGUUUAUUAAAAAUUGGUAUUAUGUGUUGUAAGAAAUGGGGUUUGUGCAUUUAUAUAUUGGUAUGCAAUUUUAUAUAUAUGGCAAAAUUGUAUUUUUUUUAAAAAGAGUAAGCUACGGAAAAAAAUGCAAUGAUACAAUCAAAAAUUUGUUUCUGUGAAUAAAAAAUAUUUUUUAACAUUGACAAUGAGCAGAAUAUUUUCUUAUUUAUAUUGUAUAUAUUUGCGUUAAUAUUAUUAUACAUCGCUUAUAUUUCUUUUAAUGUUUUACUAUUACAUCUUUGUGAAAUGUAUAGCUUGACAAUCUAUGUAAUUCUGAAAAAAAAACAUGACAUUAAAUUAUUAAUUUCUUCGUUA